GCUCUGGUCACCCACAAGCACGAUUUGGAGAAAAACGCGAAACCCCUUUAUUUACGCGUUUCUACGGUUACAAAGGAUCUCAUGGAAGGAUCACCCAAAAACGACAUUUACUUUUGUCUUAUGCGAGUGUUUUGCUCGCAAACACUGCGUGCAGCUGGCCUUGAUCGUACGAAAGUGUCCCUGUUGGAUUCGUUUACAGAUAUAAUGAUUCGUUAUAUCCAACUGCUUUCCGAAACGACAAUGGCAGAAGCAGAAGUGAGUAGAAAACCAAAUUGCGACCUGCAGGACUUUCGCCUUGCUCUUGAAGAAGUGGGCUUGCUCGAUGGUACAGAAGAGGAUGUGAAGGCGUUUAUUGAAUGGUUCCAUGGACCUCAAAUGGACGAAUAUAGACGUGUAGCAGGGUUCCAGCCAGCCACAGAAACACAGACAAAGCCUAAAGAUUGGUUGACGAACCUUGUGCAAAAACAAGUGCGUGUUAGCGGUCCCGAGCGAUUUCAAGACACCAUAUUUUCCUCUGCAGUUCAAAACAACCCUUCACAUCCUACAUAAGAUGGUUCUAUCUCACGAAAUGGCUUUAUACUUUAUUUUGAACAUCUGUUCUGGUCCUUCGAGAAAGUCUCUUACCGGAAUGGAGUGUCUUUUUAUUGAACCCAAAGGUUUCUAUUAUAUAUUUUCCAAAUUUGAGAUUAAACGAUGAAUGAAGUGCUGGCUUUGGAUCUUUGUAUUUGGAACAGAAGUCGUCCUGAUGGAAAAGCCGGGGUUUGCUUUUUUUUUUUUAAGGAUUUGGUCUAUUAGAAUACGUAAAUUCAUGGCCGCAUAAAAAACGGUAUUUAUUUAUUAAUAUUUCUUUCCAAUUGGUUUUGAUUGGCUUACAAGACGGAUCUGGAAAAGGCUUCAGUAUUAAACAUUCAUUUGUUGAUUCUAGCAGCAGUCAUUGCUGGUUUUCCCCAUUUUUCUUUAAACUCUAUGAUCUCUUACCAGGGAAAUUUGGGAAUCUCAUAGGAGAUCCGUCGUCAGCUCUCAAAAGGUUCAUCCUUGUUUUUAUGUACCAAAACUCACAAGUGUGUAUCAAAUUGUGCGAAGCAUAAAGGGAAUCUUUUUCGUCCAGAAUUCAUUCACCGUUGCAUGACUGUUUUCUCAUCAUAAGGCCAUCCUUGUUCUCUUCAUGUCAUGCUUUCAUCUUUGUACUUUACCCUUUUUUGCCAAGCUAACUGCAUUAGCAUUCUAAACCCUUAGUCAGAGACAAAACUUUUAUACAUAUCCGUCUUCAGCCAAACAAUAUUUCCGAAAAAGUAGACCAUAGUAAGCAAUCCAACAAGAAAUUCUAAAUAGAUACAUAAGCGU